ACCUCAAGAUGACUAGCUUCAGCUUUACGCAGUUUGCACUGGUGCUUGUGAUUGUGGCGUGCGGUGUUACCGCCAAACCCCAGAAUCAGUAUGCGCACAAUAGCUACAACAAGAACACGGGUGUACGCAACACGUCCGUUGGUCAUCGGUUAAACAACCAGCACCAACAGUACCAGCAGCAGCACCAACAGGAGCAUCAGCAGCAUCAGCAGCAGCAACAACAACAGCAUCAGUCCCAGCAACACUUCGCACACCAGCGUCAGCCGCAAGCUUUAAGAGCACCGCUGCUACCGCCGCAUAAUCCUACUCAGUUCAGUCAACGGUUGCAGCAACCUUUCCCGAACGCGAUCCGUCCCUUCGUACCGAUCACCUCGUACAGCAACGAUGUUUCGUAUGAUGGCAGCUACUCGUACGCGUACACUACCGGCGACGGACAGCAGCAACAGGCUCAGGGAUACCUGAAGAAUGCCGGCCGAAAGGAUCUCGAGGCCCAGUCCGUGCAGGGCUCGUACUCGUACACGUCACCCGAGGGCCAGCUGAUUACGGUGACCUACAUUGCCGAUGAGAACGGUUUCCGGGCCGAGGGUGCCCAUCUCCCCACACCGCCACCAAUCCCGGAGGCGAUCCAGAAAUCGCUCGCCCUGAUUGCCCAGACGCAACCGGUUUCGGCACAGUUCAACGCCGCCUACAACCAGCCCCGUUUCCACCAGACCGGUCACGUACCUUCAGCCAGCGGACACAACUACAACCGAUACGGUUAAACUA